AGUUACGAGACAUACGUCAAAUUUCUAACCUCAAAAAUAAUCGUAGAUCAAACGUUAUAUAUUUCCAAAGUUAAAUAAUGUCGUAUUUAUCAAGACGUGAAGUAGACGAACUGAAACCUUCUUUAGAAAAAAUAGUGAAUAAAUCUUUGGGAAAUAAUGAUUCUUCGGUGCUUAGAACCGUUACGGAUUGCGUAUCCAACGGUUAUGACAGAAAAAAAAUAUCAGAUAAACUUGGAGUUUACUUAGAUAGUAAAAAAGCUAGUAGGUUAGCCGAAAAAGUAAUAGAUUUAGUUGAAGAUUAUAAAGCGUCUCAUAAACCGAAGAAAAGAGCACACGAAGGUGAUAGAGAUAGUGAUGUUAAACGUUCUAAAAACGGUACUAGCAAAGACCCCGAUAGACCGAAAUUUAAAUCCGAAACGGAGAAAAAAUCACUUCCACCUCCAAGCAAAAAUAUAAGUAUCGCUAAUAUCAAUAUUCCUACUCCGAGUAUUUACGGAAUUCCUACGGGAUUAUUAAAUCGCGGCGAUGCUGAUAAAGCUAGAAAAAUCGCGCAACUACAAGCGCAGAUUAAAAGCAAAUUUUCUUCCGGUAUAUUACCGAAUAUAAUACAAAUCCCAAUGUCUCAAAAUAAACCGGCACCACUUAUUUUAGACGAAGACGGAAGGACAAUCGAUAAAUCAGGGAAAACUGUGCAACUCACUCAUGUUAUACCGACUUUAAAAGCAAAUAUGCGCGCUAUGAAAAGAGAUCAAUUCAAAACUUCUGAUAAACACGGGGAAGAUAAUAAUGAAAAUCGAUUCAUAGAUCCUAGAUUAGGUAUAAAACCUGCCAUGAGGAAUAAGAGAUCGUUAAGAUUCCACGAACCGGGUAAAUUUCAACAACUAGCCGAAAGAUUGAGAAUGAAGGCUCAAUUAGAAAAGCUCCAAAACGAAAUAUCCCAAAUAGCCAAAAAGACUGGUAUAUCCUCGGCCACCAAAUUAGCUUUAAUAGCGAAAUCAGAAGGACUUAUUGAAGAAAUCCCCCAAAUGGAAUGGUGGGACUCUGUUAUCCUAGUCGAUAAUCUAGAUACGAUGAACGGGGAUAAAAUUGCUAUAAAAGAUUCCGCCAUUAACACCCUAGUGGAACACCCAACACAAAUGAGAUGUCCAACUGAUCCUAUAAAACCCGUUUACAUGCCGGUAUUUCUAACGAAAAAGGAAAGGAAGAAACUACGACGUCAGAACCGGAGAGAAAUGUGGAAAGAAGAACAAGAGAAGAUCCGUUUGGGCUUAGAACCGCCGCCGGAACCGAAAUUAAGGAUAUCGAAUCUGAUGAGGGCUUUGGGUACGGAAGCCGUACAAGAUCCCACGAAAAUCGAGGCGCACGUUAGGGAACAGAUGGCGAAACGACAGAAAGCUCACGAAGAUGCUAACGCCGCUAGGAAAUUGACGAGCGAGCAAAAAAGGGAUAAGAAAGUUAAAAAAAUUAAGGAAGAUACCGCUUUGGGUACUAAUGUGUCGGUGUAUAGGAUACGUGAUCUACAAGGACUCGCAUCUAAGAAGUUCAAAGUGGAAACGAAUGCGAAACAGCUUUUUAUGACUGGUUGUGUUCUUUUGUAUCCGGAUUGUUGUGUAGUAGUCGUCGAAGGGGGGCCCAAACAACAAAAAAAGUACAAAAGAUUGAUGUUGAAUCGUAUUAAAUGGGAAGAAGAUUUGGUAAAAGACCCAGACGGGAAGGAAGUGCCUAAUAAAUGUAUAUUGGUUUGGGAGGGGACUACCAAACAGAGAAAUUUCGGGGAAGUGAAAUUUAAAGUGUGUCCAACUGAAAAACUCGCCAGGGAACAUUUUAAAAAGCAUAAAGUUGAACAUUAUUGGGAUUUAGCAUAUAGCGGAGCAGUUUUAGAACAAUCUAAUGAUGUAGUCGAAUAAGAUUAUUAUUGUAUUUAAUUUAUUACCUAUAAAUUAAAAAAAAGCCUUACAAUAACAUUUUAAUAUGGUAAAUAAAUUUUUUUAUAUAA